CUUCUACUGUCAACAAAAUGGAAUAUUUUAAAAGUAGCCUAAAAUCUGUUUUAGGUUCUACUCCUGUAGAAAAUGAAAUGUCGGGUGCUGAUACGGUAGAACGAUUGGUGGAUAGGUUACAAUCAUCAACCUUGUUAAAUGACAGACGAGAUGCCUGUCGAGCACUUAAAGCCCUUUCACGCACUUAUCGCGUUGAAGUGGGAACUCGAGGAAUGGAUGUACUGAGACAGAUUUUAGAAAUAGAUAGAACAGAUUGUGAAAUCAUUGGUAUAGCAUUGGACACUCUUUGUAACAUAACUAAUCCUAUAGCAUUUGAAGAAGAAGUGGACAAACAUGGACCAAAGAACAAAAUAGGAGAACAAUUCACAGAGAUAUUUAUUAAAAACACAGAUAGCGUAGGAUUAGUCUUAGCACUCUUGGAAGAAUUUGAAUUCAAAGUUAGAUGGCCAGCUUUGAAAUUAUUAGCACAUUUGUCAGCUAACAGGCUAAAGGAUAUACAAGAAAUAAUUUUAGUUAGCCCCAUGGGUGUUUCUAAACUAAUGGAUCUCCUCAGUGAUAGUAGAGAAGUCAUACGUAAUGAUGCCUUAUUACUUCUUAUCCAAUUAACCAAAGGCAAUGCAAAUAUUCAAAAAAUUGUCGCAUUUGAAAAUGCAUUCGAUCGCAUUUUCGAUGUAAUUGCUCAGGAAGGUAAUGCGGAAGGUGGUAUCGUCGUUGAAGAUUGCCUGUUACUUAUGUUGAAUCUUUUACGGGGUAACAUAAGUAAUCAAAAUUUUUUUUAUGAAGGUUGUUACAUUCAUAAAUUAACUCCAAUGUUUCAAAUACCAUCUGAAAUUGAUGACAAUCCUCUUGGUGCAUGGAGUCCACAAAAAGUGUCAAAUGUUCACUGUAUGGUACAAGUGAUUCGAGCAUUAGUAGCACCUAGUGGACCUGCUCAGGCAGUCGCAAAUUGUCAAGAAAUCAUGAGAGGUUGUGGACUUUUACAAGCUUUGUGCAACAUAUUAAUGGCUAGUGGUGUACCUGCUGAUGUGCUCACAGAAACGAUUAAUACGGUAGCUGAAGUUAUUAGAGGAAAUGCUAGCAAUCAAGAAUUCCUAGCAGGAGUAAUGGCCCCAAGUAGUCCUCCUAGGCCUGCAAUCGUUGUUUUACUUAUGUCCAUGGUGAACGAAAAGCAACCAUUUGCUUUAAGGUGUUCUGUUCUGUACUGUUUUCAAUGUUUUUUAUAUAAAAAUGAAAUACGACAAAGUCAGCUUAUUCAGACUUUGCUACCUCAAGGUAACGAGGUGCCGUCAUUAACAACAGGGCAGCUGUUAUGCGGAGGUUUAUUUUCCCCGGAUUCUUUGUCGAAUUGGUUUUCUGCCGUGGCGUUGUCUUACGCGUUAAUCGAUGACAAUGCGCAGAAAGAGCAAUUACUGCGAGUACUUCUUGCAACUAACAUUGGUAAACCACCUGUGACUUUGAUGCAACAGUGUGUCAUGUUACUGCAACAAGGCAAUAAGACGCAAUGCAAGUUAGGUCUUUUAAUGUUACUCUGCAGAUGGACUGCUCACUGCCUAGCUGCCGUGAAAUUUUUCUUGCUUAUCGAUUCUUCGGUUGCUUAUUUAACAGUCUUACUAUCAUCGCAAGAAAAUAACGAUGACUUACAAGAAACAUUACUACAAAGUAUGUGCGCUAUGCUUAUUGGAAUAUGUGUACAUUUUAAUGAUAAUAGUGUUCCUAAUUAUACGAAGGAAAAAUUAUGCAAUUUAAUUGAGAACAGAAUAGGAGUAGAAAGAUUUCAAGAUGCUAUUGGCGGUCUUGCUAGGCAUGAGGUGUAUUCUAGAACUUUAAAACAUCCGCAACCCUCAGCGAAGAAUCCAUCGGAACUUCUAUUAGAUCAUGAGUUUUGUAGACUGUCAAAAACAUUAGAGGGUAUAAUUAUGGAAUCUGUUUUGGAGGGAAGUAACACGCAUCAGAAAAAUCAAAUAACGACGUCGAUACUUCCAGACUCUGUUUUAGUAGCACAAUACAAAGAAGUUAUUCGAGAACAAGAUUCUCAAAUACAGAAGCUUAAUCAAGUUACAGAAUCACUGAUGAAGGAAAAACAUGAACUCGAAGCACAAAUUCAUGAUCUACAAUCGACCGUUAGUCAUUUAAAGGAUCAAAAUUUAGUUCUACGAGCCGCACAAACCAAUUUGUUAUCAGAAGAAAAUGAUUCUAAUAAUAUAGCAAACGAAGAAGAAUGCGCUAAAGAAGUGGAAAAAUAUAAACAUGUAAUUACGGAUUUAGAAAAUCGUUUAGAUGAAUGUACCUCGAUGAUAAAAGAAUAUAAACGAAAACUAGAGGAAAAAAACGAGACUGAUCUUGAACGGAAAUUAAGAGAAAAAUCAGAAGAAUUGGAAAAAAUAAAAAAAGAUCAAGAGGAUCUUCUGGAACUUUUAACAGAGCAAGAUAGUAAAAUUAUUUUGUAUAAAGAAAGAUUGAUCGCAUUGGGUGAAAAGGUUGAGACGGAUGAAAGUUCUGCUGAACUUGACACUGACGAUCAACAAGAAUCUAGCAAUUCGGUCGAUCGUAAUGAUUAGUACCUUCCUAAUUAAAAAUUAUGGCAAUGAUGAUACUAGAAAGUAUUUUUCCGUGUUCUUGUAAUUCCCUUCUAUUUAUUUCAAACAAUAAUGUACCAUCAUAUCGUAUGAUGAUAUAGCAAAUUCACACAUUAGGAAGUAAAUGCAGUUUUUAUUAUGUUGUUAAAAUUUUAUGUACAAUAUUUUUUAACGUAAGAAUACUGAAUGUGAAUACCGAUAUGAACCGUUUUAAUGAAAAUCGAUGAACGUUUGAACUGCAUUAUAGAUGUAAAAAGAAAAACAUGUUAAUAAUACGAUAUGUUUAAAGGGAUAUUUUUUAUUAAUUAUAAUAUUGCUUCACUAUUGAUUUUAAUCACAUCAAACAUUAAAUUUAACAAAGUAUUGUGCUCUACAAAAUGGCUGUAAGAAAAAAGUGAAACAAACAAUUAAGAUUCCUCUGUUGAAUGUUUGAACAUUCCAUUGAUCAGUAUGUACGUUUUGUUCAAUUAAUACACGUGGUAUAAUUUAAUACCCUAAUAAAAAAUA